CGAAUGAAUGCGGCACUCCGAGAAGGCCGAAAACCGGCGCCUUCUCAUAAAUGUAAAAGUAGGGCAAGUUCACAGCCACUUAUUUAGGUUCCCCCAAUACAGAGUCUCUGCUACCUCAUUAUCGACCAUUGACCAUGGCACCAUCAGCACAUCCACAGGUUGUUUUCGGCACCGCUGCUUUCGGCACAGGAUCCCCUCAGGCCAAAUUCUACGAUGAGGCAACCGCAUCUCCCAUCCUGACCACCCUCCAGGCGAGAAAUAUUACCGUCCUGGAUACGGCUCGGGCGUACCCUGUGGGGUCCCCGGGUACCUCCGAAAAGAUCCUAGGUGAUCUGCAUGUUCCUUCUUGGGCCACAGUCUCCACCAAAGUCCUGUCGUGGAAGCCUGGAUCCCACAGGGCGGAUAGAGUUAAAGAAAGUAUCACGGCAUCCCUCGAAGCGCUAAAGACGGAUAAGGUGGAUAUCUUAUAUUUACACGCACCUGACCGGGCUACCCCAUUUGAGGAAACGUGCCGAGCGAUAGAUGCUGAGUACCGGGUCGGGAAAUUCGCUCGGUUUGGCUUAAGCAACUAUACCGCGGAGGAGGUCGAAGAGAUCCUGACCAUCUGUGAGAAACAUGGUCUGGUGAAGCCUAGUGUGUACCAGGGCCGGUACAAUGCAAUCAUCCGCUCCGCAGAAACACAGCUCUUCCCUCUUCUUAGACGGCACGGCAUAGCGUUUUACGCAUACAGGUAAGACCACAACGCAAUCCGCAAGGUAGCUGGGUGAUAGUGCUAACUUGAACUCUUCUUGCCUGUUAGUCCCGCAGCAGCAGGC